UUAACCCCCAACCUCCCUCCGUCUCCAGGCCCCUCCCUCCUCCACAGCAGCAGCAGCAGCAGCAGUUGGUGGUAGGUGCGCCUCCACGAGCGCCUCCCCCCCAUCGCCUCCUACCCCCGGGCCGUUGGCGGAAGGAAGCGGGGAUGGCGGCGCUGCUGGAGGCGGCGAGGGAGUGGGCGGCGUCCGUGCUGCCGCCGGAGCUGGCCGCGGCGGCGGGGGGCGACCCGCUCGCAGCGCUCGCGGCCACCGCGGCCGCGCUCGUCGCGGGGCUGCUCGUCCUCGCCUUCUGGCUCCGAUCCGGCGGGUCCGCGCCGCCCAAGCCGCCCCCCGCUUCCUUCCGCCCGCCGCCCGUCAAGGUCGACGCCGACGACGCCGACGACGGCCGCAAGCGCGUCACCAUCUUCUUCGGCACCCAGACCGGCACCGCCGAGGGCUUCGCCAAGGCUAUGGCGGAGGAGGCCAAGGCGCGGUACGAGAAGGCCGUCUUCAAAGUGGUGGAUCUGGAUGACUAUGCUGCCGAGGACGACGAGUACGAGGAGAAGCUCAAGAAGGAAACGUUUGCGCUCUUCUUCUUAGCAACAUAUGGCGAUGGGGAACCCACUGAUAAUGCGGCAAGAUUCUACAAAUGGUUCACUGAGGGUAAGGAGAAGGAGGUUUGGCUGAAGGAUUUUAAUUAUGCUGUAUUUGGCCUUGGCAACAGGCAAUACGAGCAUUUUAAUAAGGUUGCAAAGGAGGUGGAUGAGUUACUGCUGGAGCAGGGUGGCAAGCGUCUUGUUCCUUGUGGCCUUGGUGAUGACGAUCAGUGCAUUGAGGAUGACUUCACCGCAUGGAAAGAACUAGUAUGGCCAGAAUUGGACCAACUGCUCCGUGAUGAAGAUGAUACUACUGGUGCAACCACUCCUUACACUGCUGCAAUACCUGAAUACAGAGUUGUAUUUAUUGAUAAAUCAGACUUAGAGUUUGAAGAUAAAUCCUGGACACUGGCCAAUGGCAACGGUGUUAUUGAUGCCCAACACCCUUGCAGGUCCAAUGUUGCUGUUCGGAAGGAACUCCAUAAACCAGCUUCGGAUCGCUCUUGUAUUCAUCUGGAAUUUGAUAUUUCAGGCACUGGUCUUGUGUAUGAAACUGGAGAUCAUGUUGGCGUUUAUUCAGAAAAUUCUAUCGAGACAGUGGAGCAGGCUGAAGCGCUACUUGGUCUGUCCCCAGACACACUAUUCUCCAUACAUGCAGAUGCCGAAGAUGGAUCUCCUCGUAAAGGCGGGGGUUCCUUGGCUCCACCAUUCCCAUCUCCUUGUACCUUACGAACUGCACUUCUACGAUAUGCUGACUUACUCAAUUCGCCAAAGAAGGCUGCUUUGACUGCUUUAGCUGCUCAUGCUUCUGACCCAGCUGAAGCUGAACGACUGAGGUUUUUGGCUUCUCCUGCUGGAAAGGAUGAGUAUGCUCAAUGGAUAGUAGCUAGCCAGAGGAGCCUUCUUGAAGUUAUGGCUGCAUUCCCUUCAGCUAAACCGCCCUUGGGGGUAUUCUUUGCAGCGGUAGCUCCUCGUCUACAGCCACGAUUCUACUCCAUAUCAUCAUCUCCAAAGUUGGCUCCCUCUAGAAUUCAUGUAACGUGUGCAUUAGUUUAUGGGCCUACACCAACAGAAAGGAUCCACCAAGGAGUUUGUUCGACAUGGAUGAAGAACACACUUCCACUGGAAUAUAGCGAAGAAUGCAGUUGGGCACCGAUUUUUGUGAGGCAGUCAAAUUUUAGGUUGCCUGCAGAUCCAUCCACUCCCAUCAUCAUGAUUGGUCCUGGGACUGGACUAGCACCUUUUAGGGGCUUUUUGCAGGAAAGACUAGCUCUAAAAGAAUCUGGAGUUGAAUUGGGCAGUUCAGUGCUCUUCUUUGGAUGCAGGAACCGCGACAUGGACUAUAUAUACGAGGAUGAGUUACAAAAUUUCCUUCAGGAAGGGGCACUCUCCGAGCUAAUUGUCGCGUACUCUCGUGAAGGACCAACCAAAGAAUAUGUGCAGCAUAAGAUGAUUGACAAGGCCACCGAGAUUUGGAACGUCAUCUCUCAAGGUGGUUACAUAUAUGUUUGUGGUGAUGCCAAGGGCAUGGCGAAGGAUGUACACAGGGUUCUUCACACAAUAGUUCAGAAGCAGGGAUCUUUGGAUAACUCGAAAACCGAGCUGUAUGUAAAGAACCUACAGAUGGAAGGCAGGUACCUCCGUGAUGUGUGGUAACAACACCCCCAGACAGGCAUUGCUAGCCCUAGCGUCGUGUAGAAGUAAACAAGAUGGCGUCUGUAUGGGCAUGGUGGAUGCCAAUCCCAAUCGUGAGUUUCCUGCAUCCAUCCCAUUGCCCCCGGCAUUGGAGUUAAUCGGUGUAAUUCUUUGACAUCUAACAUGGUUCUAAUAUUUAUUGUAUGGAUGGAUGGUUGAAAGAAUAAGUGCUGUUGUAGAUUAUUAGUAGAACUUAAAAUACCCCUGAGAAAAUUGUAGCGGGGGGAUGUGAAUCAUACAGUUUGAGAUGAGAUGAGGACAUAUCAUGUAUACAUUAAAGACCGCCCGCCAAAAAACAAAUUUUGCAUCUGGUUA